AUGUCACUUUGGAAUCAGAACGAUGCGUUCAUGUGCAAGGUUUAUGUUUCUAGCCUUGGUGAGCACGACCUCCGGUGGUAUGACAAGCUUCCUCCUCAACCAAUCUAUGGUUGGGCUCAGCUCUCCGAAGCCUUCCUCGCACGGUUUGUUUCUAAUAGCCGAAUCUCGAAGGGAUUGGAUACCUUGUUCAAUACUCGGAAGGAUAAAAAGGAGUCUUUGCGCGAAUACGCUCGGCGAUAUUGGAAGGCAUAUGGCGAUUUGGAAGAAGAUGUUUGUAGUGAGCCGUUGGCAGCUCUAUACUUCAAACAAGCCCUUCUCCCUUCACAUAAGCUCAGGCAGUCAUUGACGAAACGACCCGCCUCUGACUUGAAAGAGCUGAGGGCUCGAAUAGAGGAGCGAGCCCGUGUGAAAGAUGACACAGCCUCUAUACAAGUGUCAGUUGCAGAUAAGGGAGUUAAGGCCUCUUGGCAACAUAGGGCCGGACAACCUAGGAGGGAGGACCAAAGAAUGAGGUAUGGCCAAAAUAAGCAACCGACCAUGCAAACCGAAGAAGAAAGGAGUAGAUCCUACAAAGCCAUAACCACUGUGUUCACGGAGCCGAUCUACAGGCUCUUGGAAAAAAUCAAGGGAGAACCCUACUUCGUUUGGCCUCCUAAGAUGAUGGGGGACCCUGCUCGGCGCAACCAAGAGUGGCGGUGCACCUACCAUCGUGAGAAAGGGCAUUAG